ACGCACCGGUGUAGUCUAAUUGAACUACAAGUCCCUUGUCUCCCAGCUCUCUGUCGUCAUCACGUCGUGUAACGUGCUGGAUUAGGUUUUGAACGCUAGGAGCGAGCGGGAGUGUGUGACUGGACUGGAUUCAAUCAGAACAGCAGUGUUGUGGUGUCCCGAUGGCGACAGACAUUGUUGCGCAGUUGGCCGAAUCUCUGGCUAAGGCUGGAGUAGAGGAGGAAGGAGAGCUGAGCUACAAAGGCCAGGGAAGAAAGCUGGAUGAUGCCCAAUCAGUGGAGGAGAUGGUUAAGGAGAUCCAGGACUUCGAGGAUUUACAGGCUCUGAGGUUGGAGGGAAACACUAUAGGUGUUGAGGCAGCACAGGCCAUCGCUAAGGCUCUAGAGACAAAGAGCAAGUUCAAGCGCUGUUAUUGGAGUGACAUGUUCACAGGUCGCCUGCGCUCUGAGAUCCCUCCUGCCCUGAAUUCACUGGGUGACGCUCUGAUGCUGGCGGGUGCCAGGCUGACUGUUUUAGACCUCAGCGACAACGCCUUUGGACCAGAUGGGGUGAAGGGCAUUGAGAAGUUGCUCAAGAGCACUGCGUGCUACACGCUUCAGGAGCUUCGGCUCAACAACUGUGGAAUGGGCAUUGGAGGGGGGAAGAUCUUGGCUGCUUCUUUAACCCAGUGCCAUAUAAAGUCCAGUGCGGAGGGGACCCCCCUCGGCCUAAAGGUGUUUGUUGCGGGGAGGAACCGCCUGGAGAACGAUGGAGCCACAGCCCUCGCUCAAGCCUUCCAGUUGAUGGGCAGCCUGGAGGAAGUUCACAUGCCCCAGAAUGGCAUCAAUCACCCCGGUGUGACAGCUCUGGCCACAGCCAUGCAGCACAACGCCAGCCUCCGCAUCCUCAACCUCAACGACAAUACCUUCACUGAGAAGGGGGCUAUCGCCAUGGCUCAGGCCCUGAAACACCUCCGCAACAUCCAGGUGAUAAACUUUGGAGACUGUCUGGUGCGGCCAGCAGGAGCAAUAGCUAUUGCCGAAACUGUAUCGGAGGGACUACCGAUCCUCAAGGAACUCAAUCUGUCAUUCGGCGAGAUUACAGAGGAAGCUGCUCUGGCUGUGGCACAAGCAGUAAAGGACAGGGACCAGCUGGAGAAACUGGAUCUAAAUGGUAACUGUCUAGGAGAGGAUGGCUGCAAAGCUCUGAAAGACAUCAUGGAAGGCAUGAACAUGGACCAGCUUCUAGGAUCGCUCAGUGACGAUGAGGGUGAGCCAGAAGAUGAUGACGAGGAUGACGACGAAGAGGAAGAAGAAGACGAGGAUGAAGAGGAUGUGGAUGAGGAGGAAAUCGAGGAGGAAGAGGAAGAAGAGGAGGAGGAGGAAAGCAAUGGCAUCAAGUUGUCCACCCCUGCAUCAGCACCCCGGCCGCCAGACGUCUCCUCCUUCCUCAGCUUCCCGUCCCCAGACAAACUGCUCAAACUGGGGGCCAAGAGAGCGUUGCUGAUCGAGCAGCAGGUGGACGUGUCAGAUGCUACAAAAACAGCUGAAGCCUUCCUCAAGAUUGCAUCCGUGUACAAGGAGGAGAACAAUGACGUUAAGAACGCCGUGUUGGACAGCGUCGAUGCCCUUCUGAAGAAAGCUUUUACCACUCCGUCCUUCCAAGGCUACAGCUUUGUAUCAUCUUUGUUAGUGCUGCUCGGACUUCUCAAGAGUGAGGACAAGGUGAAGCCCGUGCUCGUUGUUCCCGGCCACCUCCACGCCUUGGAGCACGUUGUUCGACAGGACUACUUCCCCAAAGAGAACGUGGCCGUGCUGGAGGCCUUCAUGUCCCGGUAAGGACGUGACAGAAUGAGCCAAUCAGCAGGCAGCUCCCAGAAACAACAAGGCUCUGGAUUCAUGUAGCAAUGCCAGAAACAGCCUCCAGUCAACACUGCAGAGAGUCAGGUCUGAGGGCUGAGGACUGUGGACACACACACACACACACAGAGACUGAACUUUGAUUGAUCACUGAUGGACCUUUGGAAACCAGCACACAUGAGCUCACAUUUGAAGAAAAUAAAGCAGAGCAGCACUCGAGAAGAACAGACGCUCUUCGCUGUAUCACCGCUACAAACCUCUCUCUGGACUCUGGACUGGACUUGAAUGCUUUGUGUUUUGAAGUAGAUUUAUGCUCUUAUAGUGUGGACUAACUAAAGUGCUUUGUGUACACUCAUAUAACAAGGACAGCACUGACAACCUGGGCUUCAUGCUCUUUGUAUUCUGGUGAAUAAGAAACGGCCCCAUUCCCCCACAUAACCUACGACCAGUGUGUGUCUGUGUCUCCUGGUUAGUGAAGCACAGAUCACACUUUGGUGCAAACUACAAAAAGCUCUGACCAGAACUGAUCUGGGCUCCAAUUUUCAGCUAUUGCACAUUUUAUAUUUCAUAUAUGCCUUUUACUAUUCUAUUGUUUUAUAUUAAAUGUUUAUUGAAUUGAAUAAUAUGGUCAAACAAUGAUGUUAUUAAAAUAUGUAUUAUUGACUGGUAAAUAUUAUCAAAAUAAGAGUGUAAUGUACAAUAGAACAAUCAAAAGUGAUGAAAUAUGUUUAAAUGAAUUUUCUGCCUUUUUAAUGAGGCACAAGAUGCAGAGUUUUUGGAUUUGUGUUGCGAAAAUAAAGCUGGUUUCAGUGUCG